GCUCCUGGUCCUUCUGUUGUAGUCCUAAUCACUUCACUUCUCGGCACAUUUUAUAGUUUAUUUUUUCUGCUCCUAAACUCACCAUGAAGACGUGUUCCCAUUGACUUAUAUUGGCGUCCACCUGCUUCUGACACCCCUCUCCCUCUCUGAACAUCACAUGUUAAAAAAACAUCCUAUGCUUCUCCCGGAGCUCCGCUGCUGAUCGGCGGCUCUUCCUCCUCUCGUCAGGCCGCUGAAGGACACCUCGGGGCGCGGAAGGAGCGUCGCAGGGGUCGGUGGAGCGGAUCUACGGAGCUCUCCCUCAUGCUGCAGAUAUACAACCACGGAAAUACUCACAUCCUUGAUGUUUAUGCGUACUAACAGCACAUACGGAAGCUGCAGGAGCAGAUUUAUUUCAGUGUGAGCUGCAGAAAGGACGGGAGGAUGAACCACAGAAGAGGAAGAGGAGGAGGAUUCCUCAAUGUGUCUCUGUUCUUGGGUCUAAUAUGGACACAGCUGCUGAUCACAGAGUCGUCCUCUGGAGAUCACGAGCUUCAUCUCUUCCCGUCUCGUCGCUCUAGUCGCCUCCCCCCUCCUCCGCCUCGCCGCCUCCACCAGGAUGUCGAAAACCUCCCAGAACCCCAACACCUCCACCACCUCCACCUGCAUCAUCUUCAUCACCACCUCCAUCACCUCCCUCCUCAGCAUCCUGCCGGGUUUUUAUCCAAAGCGAUGCCGGCCCCUCUGCUGGAGUCUCCGUUGCCUCAGGAGCGUGGCAGCGACCAUCGAACCAUCGACCAGCUGACCCGCCCGCAUCACGAGGAGCAGCCGGAGCACAAAGUGGUGACCGCACGACAUCUGGUGACCGUGUACCUGGCUGUGGACGUGCGGCGGCUGAACAAAAGUCUUCUUCGUUGGUUUCGGGAGGGUGUAGCGGCGGCGCUGGGCGUUACUGCCGAACAUGUGCACAUCCACCGUCUGAAUGAGAAGAAGAAUGGCAUCGAGCUCUUCGUGUCCUCUGAUAGGCCGGGAGUGUCUGAGCCCCUCCCCGCUGAGGAGGUCAUCCAAUCACUGAACGUCAGGGUCCUCCAUCGACACCUGGGACACUUCGGCAUCACCGAGGUCUCCACCGAGAAGAACGUGCUGCAGGGCGAGCAGCGGGAUCACGUUUGGAGCAGAGAGGGUUUCUACGCCGUCGUCCUCUUCUUCACUGUCUUCGUCAUCGUCAUCACCUGCUUGAUGGUUUUGUUCCGACUGAAGGAGAAGGUCCAGGUUUGUGACAGACAGCUGAAGGCCCUGCCCCCUGACCUCCACCUGACCCCCACCGUCCAAUCAGACUCCGCUCAGAAGUCAAAGGGCGCCAAGGUUGUGUCGUCAGGAAGCAUGGUACAAGCUGAGCUCCCGCCAAUUGUAGCCACGCCCAUUCGCCACCAGCAGCCAAUCACAGCCUGCCGUCGCCUCGCUCCACCUGUCCCUCUGCCCAGCUCCGCCCUUGUGCCCGUCUUCAGCAGCUUUGACCACACCCCCCUCGUCAGCGUUGCCCCGGUGACAGUCAAUCACGAGCUAAAGCCGUGCCCCUCCCCCUUCAGGAUGAAACCUGCCGCUGGACUACAAGAGAGGCGUGGCUCUAACGUCUCCCUGGUGUUGGACAUGUCGGUGUUGGGCUCUGUGGAGCCGCUGAGCGUCGCCCCCCCGGUGACGCCCCGAGAGGCGGCCGCCCGGGAAUACCUUCUGGCUGCCCGGCGACCUCUGACCCGACAGCAGCUCCGAGAUGUCGUGAACAACACACACACUCUGCACGCUGAGUUCGCUGAAAUCCCCAUGAAUUUCAUUGAUCCCAAGGAGCUGGAUAUUCCAAACCACGGGACCAAGAACAGAUACAAGACCAUACUGCCCAACCCUCACUCCAGAGUGAUCCUGAAGUCCAAGAGCUGCAACGACCUACUGAGCUCCUACAUCAACGCCAACUACAUACGGGGUUACCUAGGCGACGAGAAGGCGUUCAUCGCCACGCAGGGCCCCAUGGUGAACACGGUGAACGACUUCUGGCUGAUGGCGUGGCAGGAGGAGGCGCCGGUCAUCGUGAUGAUCACCAAACUGAAGGAGAAGAACGAGAAGUGUGUCCUGUACUGGCCGGAGAAGAGGGGGAUCUAUGGAAAAGUGGAGGUGCUGGUGAACAGCGUCAGAGAGUGUGAACACUACACCACCCGCAGCCUCACACUCAAGUGUGGGAAUCAGACCCGCGUGCUGCAGCAUUACUGGUACACGUCGUGGCCCGACCACAAGACCCCCGACUCCACGCUGCCGCUGCUGCAGCUGAUGGGGGAGGUGGAGGCGGACCGGCGGGCGGCGGCCGCCAUGGGCCCGGUCAUCGUGCACUGCAGUGCCGGGAUCGGACGGACAGGAUGCUUCAUUGCCACGACGAUAGGCUGUCGACAGCUGCAGAUGGAGGGCGUCGUCGACGUGCUGAGCGUCACCUGCCGCCUGCGAGCAGACAGAGGAGGUAUGAUCCAGACCGGGGAGCAGUACGAGUUUGUCCAUCACGCCCUGAGUUUGUACGAGGCCCGCUUCUCUGCAGAAACCGGCCAAUGAGAGCACACCAUAUGAGGCGUCUGAUUGAACCAGGAAGUGGUUGACAGAGUGAGCCCUUUGUAGCAGGUAGGAGCUGCGGGUGAGGGAGGGCUUUACGUUUGACGGACACCAUGGACAGCCAAUCAGGAGCAAUGUGGGUGGAGCCUGCUGAAGGGAAGAGGAAAGGUAAAUUCUGAACAAGGGGAUCUCCCCGUUCUUCUUCAUCCAUUUCUUCUUCAUGUGUUUUGGCGAGCGUUUCGUCAGAGGAGCUCAGAGACUCGCUUGUCUCCGGAUUGUGUUUUUAUUCACUAACCAGGAUGUCCUGUUACCUCUUUUUUCUGUCACGGAGACGUAGAAAUAAUACACUGAAGUUGAUGGUUCAAUAACACUGUUGUGUUUCUGUGUCUUAUAGGACUUUAAAUCGUUUUAGAGUCGUGGUGUUCUGAUAUAAUAAUGGCUGUUGGUAAAAUGACUGUUAGCUGGUUGCACCUUUGGUUACUCAACCGUCGGUGAACCAACAUCUCCUUGCCGCAAUUGUGACAUCCGCACUUCCUACGUAACUCUGUGAUUCACCUACAAAACUUUUUUAAGUCUAUCCAACACCAUGGUGUAUCUAUAAAGUAAUCUUCAUGUUUUCACAGAUCUCAAAACUACUAGAAAUUCAUUUAAAACUCAUCAGAAAUACUACAUUUAUUAAACCUUAAGCUAACGUACCCUGAAACUCAAUAGGGACAUUUCUGGAUGUUUAAUUCUACAUUUUAAAAAAUAAUGUUGGCUGUGAGCUUUUUGAAUCAAAAUUGUGAAUUCAGCCCCUAUAAUAAAUGUAUAUCCAAAAUACAGCCAAUCAAAGCCAGAAGGACAAAAAUGUCCCCAUUAAAACCUAAUAUUUAUUGUCAAAUUACAUCUUAAGAUCCUGCUUUAUAUUAUUCCUGCUCCUAAAUUUCACUUUUUACUAUUUUUCUUAAAUUCCGCUGUAACGUAAGAAAUGCUGACGUCACAAAUGGAGCUACUGUUAGCCAUAGAUCACUAGCGACAAGCUAACACACCAAUGUAAAUCUAAUAAGUUCAUGCUAAGCUAGUUCUCGUAAUACAGCAAUCUCCAGAGAGGCUAAUGCUAGUUUUAGUAACUCAGUGUUAGUCUGUGUUAAUGUCAACACAUCGAUGCUAAGCUAUAAAUUAUUAGCUACUAUUAGCCGGCUAUGCUAAUGCAAUACUGUUUUAAAAAACAAUUAUAUCUAGUUUGUAAAUGCUAAAUAAUAAUUUGUUUGUUACAACAAUUUUGGUUUUUUUAAGUACAGCUCCCAUAAGCUGUUGCUAAGGGUUAUGGGAGCUGUAGUUUUUAAAAGCGUUAUUUAUACGUUUAUUUAACUGAAAUUACUUUUAGAAAAACAAAUCAAUGCAAAUAUUAUUAAAAUACAUAAAGAUGGAGGCUACUUAAACCAAGUCACUAUUCAAUCCAUUAAUUCAAAAUAAUGAACGAACCUCACAUUUUGCUGAGAAGUGUCGUGCUGCUCGUAGUUAGCCUUGUUUCUUGCUUUGACAAUUCCCCUGUUGUGUAAUAUUAUAUAUUGCUUCAUACCAAAAAAUGUAAGAUGAUUUACGUCACGAUGGUGCAGUCAUCUCGUCGAUGUGCUGUUGUAAAAUCUAGUGUUACUUAUGGUGUAUCAAAGUAAUAAUAACUUUAUUUUUAUACUGUUUUUACAUGUUUCUGAUGUGUUUUAGCAUUUGUCGACGCUCAUUUGGGGGGGUCCAAAAUUCACCACACCCCCUCAUCAUGAAUAUAACUCUCCAAUACUGCAUAUUUAAGAAUCAAAUGUGAACCAAGUAGGAAAUACUGGGGUGGUUUUGUCAAUUAACAUUGUACAGUACAUGUAAAAGUGCUAUUUAUGUGGGACAUCCUAUUUCCAAUCCACGGAUUACAAACAAACCCGGAAAACUUGCUGCUAAAACUGGGACCAUUUGGGAGCGUUGGGACCGCAGACGGACAAUAAACGAGAGAAACUUUAAAAACUCUUCUUUUUCUAUGUAUUUAUUUAUUCAUUUCUCUUGUCCUACAAUCAAGAGAUGUUUCUCUGUGUGUCUCCAUGGGAACAUCAUCAACACAAUUUCACACUUCAGUCAAUUCAGGAUCAAUUUCAAUCCCAAAAUGGUCCAAUGGGAUUUUUGAAUUAUUGCGGAAAAUAAUCUCAUUGUUUAUGAUACUUACACGUUUAGUUCAGCAGGAUAAUCUCCACAUAACCACUCCUCUUUAAGAAGUAAAAACCUAAUGUUGGGCUAUAAAGGAACUACAGCAUGGUCACAUGACUUCACGUCCCCACCGCUAAGCUAAAGGUGGCUAAUGUUGGGCUAUAAAGGAACUACAGCACGGUCACAUGACUUCACGUCACCACCGCUAAGCUAAAGGGGGCUAAUGUUGGGCUAUAAAGGAACUACAGCACGGUCACAUGACUUCACGUCACCACCGCUAAGCUAAAGGAGGCUAAUGUUGUCUAUAAAGGAACUACAGCACGGUCACAUGACUUCACGUCAUCACCGCUAAGCUAAAGGAGGCUAACGUUGGGCUAUAAAGGAACUACAGCACGGUCACAUGACUUCACGUCACCACCGCUAAGCUAAAGGAGGCUAAUGUUGGGCUAUAAAGGAACUACAGCACGGUCACAUGACUUCACGUCACCACCGCUAAGCUAAAGGGGGCUAAUGUUGGGCUAUAAAGGAACUACAGCACGGUCACAUGACUUCACGUCACCACCGCUAAGCUAAAGGAGGCUAAUGUUGUCUAUAAAGGAACUACAGCACGGUCACAUGACUUCACGUCAUCACCGCUAAGCUAAAGGAGGCUAACGUUGGGCUAUAAAGGAACUACAGCACGGUCACAUGACU